UCUUUAUACUUCCGGGAUGUAAGUGCUUGAGUUCCCCGCCUUUUGAGUAAGCAGCUGUAUGACAGGACGUGCUUUUCUUACGAGUAUUACUGACUAUUUCUCUAUUUUGAGGUCUUUCUGACGGAUUUCUGAGGCAUCUCGUCGUGAACAUGUAGCUAACUAUUCACUAAGAGAUUUUAGUUCAACUAACCAGCCGUCAUGUUGCUGCCUUCUGACGUCGCUCGACUUGUUUUGGGAUACCUCCAAGAAGAGGGACUCUCUGCUACAAGCCAAACUUUUAUUCAUGAGAGCCCCAACCUGAAGGAGUAUGCUGACCAUACCACAGAAGAUGGGACUAUUCCAGCUUGUGUAUUUUCUAUCUUUGGGAAAGGCCUAACAAACAUCUUAAAUGACUAUGUGGCAGCCAAAACAAAAGAGUCUCACCCUGAGGUACCGGUGAUGAUGACCUCACUGUGGAAAAAGCUGGAUUUAACACUCAACCAAAUCAAGUCACUGCAGAAUUCGCCAGCUAUUUCAGCAAAUCAGCGAACACGUACACGCAUGGGAUUAGCAAACAUGGCUAGACAGCGGGUCCUGACAGUGGCAUCAGCUGGUGGUGUCGUCUGUUCCUCGGUCUCUGAAACAAUCUCCAGCAUCAGCCCUACACAUACCUCCUUCAGCACAAUCAGCCACUCCACUCCUGUGAGCUACACUACACCGCACUCCAGACUUGCCCUUGGCAGUGGUACGCACCAGCAGAUCUCUGAUGACCGAAUACUAAAUAUUCCAAAAGAUUCACCAGUAAAUAUCGUGGUAGCAGAGCAUCGACUAAAUCCAGGUCCAAUGUCUCCUGGUCGACGGAAAUGGGACACCCCCAGAAAGAGAAGUGCUGCUGUGGGUGGGUCCAGUAGUGUUGGCAGAUCUGCAGCAGCUGUCAGUAGCCACACUGCAGAACCACAGCCUGAAGAGCAACUUGUGAUUCAAAAUGCGUGUGACAAGAUAUUGGGAGACAGGUCAUUACAAGAGAAGCUUGCUGAAAACAUCAACAAAAUCCUCGCCAAUGAGCCAACACCCCAAACUUCAAAGCCCCCUUCAGCUACAGUGGAGCCAGAUCAAUCGAUUGAUGAAAUCCUGGGAUUACAGGGGGAGAUACACAUGAGUGAUGAUGCCAUCCAUGACAUUUUGGAGCAGACGGAAUCUGACCCAGCUUUUCAGGCGCUCUUUGACCUCUUUGAUUGCAAUAAAGCUAAAUUCCCUCAUGGAGAACCAGGUGAUGGUGAUGGUGACGUAGGCAAUAGUCCAGAAGAGAGUGAAGCUGCUGGAUCUUCAACAGUUGGGCUACUUCAGAAUAAUAAUCCAGACACUACACAAAGAGAUUCUACAGCUUCUGAAACAACUGCAGCUACUAUGAAGACGAGAGUUGGACAAGAUCGUAAGACCAGGAGGUCUGCUGCUCCCACCUUGUUAAAGAAAACAUUUCUUCCCUCAAGUGGCAGAGCAUCGAGAAUCGAAGGAAGCUCAGCCAGGUUGUUAGUGAGUCAAGGGGGGCACCGAGCUGUCCCAUCUGCUGCAGUAAACUCGGACAGAAAAGAAGGAACCUCACUCUUCAAUGACAGUGUUUCUGUAAUACCAAUGGAUAUUGAUGAACCGUUGAAUACACCCCCCCCUCCGUCAGACUUCAUGGCCACUGCUGUGCCUGCCACAAAGGACAGCACAUCCACCACAACUAGCCUCUGUGAAUCAACCAAAGCACCCUCAUCAGGAGCUUCUUCUGCACUUUAUGCACCAGUAGUGACUGCAGCCUCUAUAAACCAUGACGGUAAACAAGCAUCUACAGCCCACUCAAUAGCUCCAAGUAGUCAGUCUGCUUUGUUGUCUCUUGUACAAGUUGAACUGAACAAUACUCCAAGACUGACUCCUGAUUUGUCUGAUAUGCCAGUUUCAGCCAGUGAAGGAAACAUUCAGCAGGUGUCUGCCUACACAGCAACAGCCGAAUCUGCCUCCUCCACAUCUGCGUCUUCAUGUGUCACAGUUACAGCUGUGCCCUCAUUGUCAUCAGCUUCCACCACCUCACCAUGUUCUCCAGCCUCUACAAAUCUUACACCUGCCUCAUUCAUGCCCGGCUCACCCGCAUCCUUCUUCUCCUGUGCCCCAGCUGCAGUAGCACCUGCUCCUCCACCUACUGACCUCAGCACCCCAAGCAAAGCUGCAGCAGAUUCCAGUAAUGUGGUUUCUUUGAAGAUCAUUAUCAGCGAUAGCCAAGAUGAAGACGCUACAAAUGACACGGCUUUAAAUCAAGCACUAUCCAGCAUUUCAGGGGAUAAGAUACCAACCAUUUACCUUUCCUCUCCAGCUAAGUCCCCUGGCAUGCUGCCCUGCCCUGGCACUCCAAAGGCCAACUUGGACGAGGUGGCGCAGGCAGUAAGUGGCUUACAGAACUCUGAGGUAUUUGCUAGUCCUCUCACCAGUAAGACUGGGGCAUUGGUGGCAUCUCCGUUAACAGGGACAUCACAGGCCCAGCAAAGCUAUAUAAUUCAACUUCCCCUGAGCACAACUAACCCUGCUAUUCAAGGAGCCGCUGCCAGCUAUUUUCUUGUGACUGAACCCCCAGCUACAGAGACACAGACGAGACAAGUGCUACUGCCUGCUAGUGUCUCACCAGGAAGACCUUUGCCCACCAGUCAGUUUGGAGGGAUCACACCAACGUGUUCACAAGGCUACUCCAGUGGAUCAGCACUCGUCUUACCGUCAUCUGUUAAGCCUGUGAUGCUUCCAGUUUCUGUAAUGGGCCAGAAUACACUGGGGAAUGUCCAGAUGGUGUCUAAUCAGCUUGUUGCCAUACCAAACCCAGUGUCGGUACAACAGCCAGAAACUGCUAAGCCCAAACAAUCCACAGUGGCAAUCAAACAGUCUAAAACUGCUGGCACAGAGGAAAAUCUACUAUCAGCUGAAAACACAAGCCAGCAGGAUGCAGCAAAGGGUUCGAGUCAUAGGAGAAUUUUAUGUUUUGACUCUUCUGCAGAUGUUCAACCAACACCAACAACAACACAAACCACCACACCCUUAAAUACAAAUACAUCUACGUCAGUAACUGUCCAGCAGCCUGAGACAGAUAAUAUAGGACCAGCCCCUCGAACAAAACCUGCUAUCUUGGGUGGCAACAAGCCCAAGAGGAGGAUAGAGAUCAUCAGAUGCCCGGCAAAUCCCCCGAGUGAAGGAGGGUUAGUGAAGGAGGCAGAGAAGUUUGUGACUGCACAGAAGCAGCAUAAAGAUCCUAUUAAAAAGAACCCUCGCAAACAGCUUCAUAACGCCAACAACAAAGAGUCUCAAAGUGCAAGUAUCAGCAUUGUCGAUUCCUCAAAACCUGAGACUUCGAAAAAGUUAGAAAUGAGAAGACGCUCAAAAUCUGUUGACAGGAAACACAGUCUCGGUGAUGAUAAAACAAAAGCAAAGACUGCUGAUAGUCAUAGCUCUAAGUCUUUGUGCUCAGAUUCAAUGCAAAAAUCUGAGACUAAAAAUGAUAAGGAGGAGAGCAGCAGGGAAGAAUCUGCAGAAAAGGCUCCACUCAAAAUUUGUGAGGGUCGCACAGAAAAGAAAACUCAGGAAGUGCCAAAUGUUACAGCCAACAAGGAGAAUGAAAAUAAGGGUAGCACGCAACAGCAUUCAACUCCUAUCUCCUCAACAUCAAGAGACUUAAGCCCUCCUGAUAUUUCUCAGUCUAUAUCUAAUUCUCAGUCCAAGAUGACAAAAGCCCCUUCAAAGACCAGCUCUCUGGUCAAACAGGCAGCUGAGAUGCUGCAAGACAUCCAGGGACUCAACUCUCCUUCCACACCAGUCAAGAGACCUGGAGUGGGCACUCCAGAACCGAGUCUGCCCAGGACCCCUGUUACUGACAGCAACCAGGUGCAGUCCACUGACAAUUUAAGGACUCCUUCCAGGCAGAAGAAGGGUAAAGAUGGAGAGGAGACUCCCAAGCGUAUCAUCCUUCCCAACACCCCUGAUGUCCCCACUUGCAGCCCUGCCAGUGAGGCUGGCAGUGAAAACAGCAUAAACAUGGCUGCUCACACACUCAUGAUUCUGUCACGUGCUGCCAUAGCCAGGUCAGGCACGCCUCUGAAGAACAGCCUGCGUCAGGAGGGAGCAGGAGAAAAGUCACCUACAAGCUCGAAGAACUCUAAGAAACGCAAACAGUCUUCUCCAUCAGACAGCCAGCCUGCAAAGAAAGAGUCAAAACCAUCUCCCAGCAGAAAGAAAGACCGCGAGAGGAAGAGACUUGUCGAUUGCUUUCCACAUGAUUUGGAUGUGGAUAAGUUCCUGUCUUCACUUCACUAUGAUGAGUGAAACCAGACAUGCCAACAGGGAAGGACUACUCUAUCACUACCUGCUUAGGUCACCAACCACCAACAGAUCAAGCCAUCUGAUAAACCAGUGCCUGUGGUUCCUAUUACUAACCUCGCCCUAGACCUUAUAAGAGGCAAUGUGGAACUUCAAUUGAGCCAAAUAGUUUUCCGUGUGGGUGAUCUGUAUAAAAUAUAGUUAUAUUCAUCUCUUAUAGGAUAGCCAUGGCACUUUGUAGAACCAACUGUCCUCAUGUUAAUUUCUGUUUUAACUUUCUUUACUGCAAAAAAAACAUAAUACAUUUGUUUUUGGACACUUUGAUGUAAUGGGUGUCAAAUGUUGGUCAUUUAAAGUAUUUCCUUGGUCAAUAUUUGACCCUUGUCAAUUCAGCUAUGACUGACUUAAAGGAUGCUGUUUAUGUAAAAAAAACUAAUUGAGGAAUAUGUCUCUACCUUUAAUUUUAUUAAGACUAUGAAGAAAUGUACAUGCUUGGAAAAGUUGGGUUAAGUAAUGUGAAUAUUUUACUUGUUACAUACACAAGUGAAGUUUAUUUUUAUUUUUUUUAUGAGAAUGAGAAACAUCAGCUUGAAAAUGACUGCAACUGUUCAACUUUGGAUACUCAGACUUUAUUCAGUGUAACAAUAAAAAACAGAAACGGU